UUUAGAGAUUUGAGUUUUUUUUUUUUUUUUUUUUUUUUUUUUUUUUUUGUUUUGACAACUUCUAAUUGCGUCUUUGGUUUUUUAUUAUUUUGUUUUUACAAUCUGUGGGUUUGCUACCAUGUUGGGUUUGCUACAUUGUUUUUUUUCCGUUAGAUUGGGUUUGUAAUCUGUUGUUUAGGAUUGAUGUUGAGCCUUUUUUUUUUUUUAAUUUUUGGGUGUUCCUAAUUUUGGUUGAGGGUGUUACUAAUUCUUUUUUAAGGGUAAACAAAUAAAAAAAAUUUAAUUAUUAUAUAUAUAUAUAUAUAUAUAUAUAAAUUUCAGGUCAGGGUGUUCCUGGGAACACCCUGACCUCAAUGUGGCCCCGCCACUGUCUACACUAUAUACAUUUCAUUUUCCACAUGAGUUGACCACCUACAAAAUCUUAUGAACUGGUCUCACUCUUAAAUAUUCAAUCAAGCUCUUUAUGCAUGAUAGUUCUAUCUUUUCAUUUUUCCUCCUUAAUUUUGGUGGGCAAGCUCUGAAUAAGUCUUUUACACAUUGCGGUCAAAUCGUUUCCGUAGGAUUUACGUUGGUCAAAUGCUCUACUCUCACUUCAAACUUUAAGACAUUUCUUUUUCACACAAAAAAGGAGAAUCACUCAUAUUCCAAAUAGAACUCAAAAUCAAGUGGUAGACAAGACUUCUAAUAAAGUUUGAUAACUUCAAACAACAGUAACCCAAAAAAAUAAAAUUUCUUCCUUAUUCAAAUCCAACAAGGAGUCAAACUCCUAAUUCAAGACAUAUUCUACACUAUAUACAUUUCAUUUUCCACAUGAGUUGACCACCUACAAAAUCUUAUGAACUGGUCUCACUCUUAAAUAUUCAAUCAAGCUCUUUAUGCAUGAUAGUUCUAUCUUUUCAUUUUUCCUCCUUAAAUUUGGUGGGCAAGCUCUGAAUAAGUCUUUUACACAUUGCGGUCAAAUCGUUUCCGUAGGAUUUACGUUGGUCAAAUGCUCUACUCUCACUUCAAACUUUAAGUCACAGUAAUGAGAAUGCUAACUUAGUGACAUUUUUUACUUUUCUUUACUAGAAGAACUAGAAUUCUAAUUCAUAUUUUCUCUACAUGUUGUUAAUGAUUAAAGUAAGUAUUAGUUUUCUAUUGUUUAUAAUUCACGUCACUUUUAUUAUGUAGCAUCAACAAACGAUAUGAGCAAAUGUAAUUUUUUUUUCCUCCUUACACUUAUUGUUUCGUCAGAUUUAGAAUCAAAAGACCAUGUAACAUUUGUACUUCAAUUUUAUUGUACACGGCCCAACAUGACCUCGAGUGGAACCAUUCUUAUUAUGGCCUUCUGUUUUUAGUUUGACUUUUUGUUUUCUAGAACUUUAAUUUAGCAUGGUAUUAAAAUACUUAUGAUCGUAGACUUUUUAAUAAAACAUUUGUUGGUUAAUAACAUCUUCAAAUGAACAUAAAAAACAUCAAUUUCUUAUUCUCUCUCCAACAAUAAAUAUAUGUAGUAUUUAUAUUGCUUGAGUAGAGUAGAAUAUAGCUUUGCAUCCAAACAUCAAAAUAUCCUAACACCAAAUGAACAUUCUCAAAGUCACUUCCUCCAUCCUCUUCUUCUUCUUCUUCUUCUUCUCCUUCUCAUACCUUGCAACCAGCACAGAGUCAUGCAAAAACUCUGUUUGCAGCUCCAACAGCCCGGGAAUUCACUUCCCGUUUCGGAUACAAAGCCGUCAGCCAGAGUCAUGUGGCUAUCCGGGUUUUGAUUUAUCCUGCAAUAAUGCAACCCAAACAGUGCUUCUGAACCUGCCUUAUUCAGGACAAUUCAUUGUCCAAGGGAUAGACUAUACCACACAGCAAAUAUGGAUCAAUGAUCCAAAAAACUGCCUCCCUAAACAGCUUCUUUCGCUUAAUCUCUCUGGUUCUCCCUUUAAGGGUGUAUAUCAUCAAGAAUUUUCAUUCUUUAACUGCUCCUCUGGUUUAUUGAAAGAUCAAUUAACACCUAUUAUUUGUCUUAGCGAUUCAAAUCACACAAUAUUUGCUACCUCGUCUAGAAGAGUUGCUGCACUUUUGUUAUCAACUUGCGAGUUCAUUACAAAUGUUUCGGUUCCAGUUCAGAGGCCAUUUUAUGAGCAAAUAUUAUCCUCAGACCUUAAUGAUGAUCUCUGGCUAACUUGGGAUGAACCUUCUGGUUGUGGAAAGUGUGAGUCACGAGGAGGGCAGUGUGGGUUCAAGACCAAUUCAAGCCAUGAAAUUGUGUGCUCUAAUAUUCCUCAUCAGUCCGGAUUUCCAAGGAGCGCAUGCUACGCCAUUGCCGUUGUUGUUGGAGUACCGGGAAGUCUGUGCUUGAUAGGGCUACUAUGUUUUCUCUUUGGCAAGAUCGAGUCCUAUAUUGCUAGAAGACACAUUGAAAUCCCAGAAUUCAAUCCUACAAUUGCUCCACUGUCCAAAAUUAUGGUGGGCCUUGGUGGGUCCACAAUAGAGUCAUUCCCAAAAAUAGUUCUUGGUGAGAGCUGGUGCCUACCCAAGCCCAAUGACAACACUUGCCCAAUAUGUUUGUCAGAGUACCAGCCUAAAGAGACUCUAAAGAUCAUACCUAAAUGCCAGCAUUGUUUUCACAUUGAAUGCAUUGAUGAAUGGCUUAGCUUGAAUGCUACGUGUCCCAUUUGUCGGAAUUCUCUCCAAUGAUUACCACCAGUGGAUAUUUCAUGACACUUUGGGAUAUAUUAUUUUCCCAUUUCAAUUCUAGACUUUGUACUAAUGUUUUUUACAAAUUGUGCUUUACUUUUCUUCUCUUGUUUGAGCCAUUGUUUCUUGAAUGGUCACAUCAUUUGAUUUGAGCAUAAACUAAAUUCUAAUGGUAUCUGCAAAUCCAAUAAUGUUUGCACCAA